UCUCCUUUUUUGAUUCGUUCGCCGCUUCUACGUACUCUUUCUCUUUCUUCUCUCUCUCUCCUCUUUUUUCCUUCUCUCUCUCUCUUUCCCUCCAAUCUUCAAAAUCCUCCAUAUCUCCCUCCCUUUUUCCUCCAUCUUUUCCGAUGUCGAACGCCGUCGAAGAUCUCAUCCUCCGCCACCGCCACUCCGAUUUCCGAUUUCAUCUCCUUCGCUCUCACUCUCACCAUCGCGACAUGUCUUCUUCUUCUUCUUCUUCUUCCUCCUCCUCAGCUCCAGCUCUUCCGCCUCUGUGUUUCCUUCAGUACCAUCGGCCUUCUCCGCCGUCGGAUCAGUCCAACGAUUGCAACGGCCGUCUUGCUACCGACGCACAUUCUGCAGUUGCUACACUAGACUUGAAACGAGCUUAUGAUAUUAAUGACUCCGAGGCUUUGGCUAGUAGACAAGUUGUAGCCUCUGAACAGAGGAUGCGAUCUAAUGAUUCUUCAUGUGAACCAGUAUCCAUUGGAAAACAAAACAAAAGAUCGAAGUUACAGAAAAAUUCGAAGUCUAGGACUCAAAAAUCAAUAGAUGAGCCUGUUGAUGGUCCUAAUCUAUCUACUAACGGUCGGUACGACAGCUCGUUAGGCUUCUUGACAAAAAAAUUUAUCAGGUUAGUUCAGGAGGCUGAAGAUGGAACACUUGAUUUAAAUAAAACUGCAGACGUAUUAAAGGUUCAAAAGAGGAGGAUUUAUGACAUUACAAAUGUUCUUGAAGGAAUUGGUCUCAUAGAGAAAACCACGACGAACCACAUACGUUGGAAGGGAUGCGAGAGGCGUGGGCCUCGAGAGCUCAACGAUCAAGUUGGUACAUUAAAGGCUGAAGUUAAAAGUUUAUAUGCAGAUGAACGCAGACUUGAUGAACUUAUAAGGAUGAAACAAGAACUUCUGAGAAAUCUCGAGGAAAAUGCAAAUCACAGGAAGAACCUUUUUAUAACAGAAGAAGAUAUCUUGCGAAUUCCUUGCUUUAAGAAUCAGACACUUAUAGCAGUUAAAGCCCCCCAAGCUAGCUGUAUUGAAGUGCCCGAUCCGGAUGAGGAGGCUUGUUUUUCUGAGAGGCAGUGUAGACUGAUCAUCAAAAGCACCACCGGGCCAAUUGAUUUGUACCUCUUGAGGACUGCAAAACAAGGGCGGGAAGAAAAUAUUUCCAAGCAAGCAAAACUAUCUUCAAUACAGCAGAGGAAUCCUAGCAUACUUACCAACAGUACUUCUCCUUUCCAAGAAUUUCAAGGAAUGCAAAGAAUUUUACCUGUACAUAAUAAUGUAGACGAUGAUUACUGGUUCCAAUCAAAUUCACAAGUGAGUAUUACUCAUUUAUGGGGUGAGGAACACAACUUUUAACUUGUCCCGGAAGACCAACAAUCAAGAACCUCUGGUUUUCUUUAUGGAGCACGACACAAAUUUUUUCCAUCAAAGAGGCCAUGAUGUUUCAACACUUUUCCAUUUCUCUUACAGAAAUUACCUCCGAAGGAAUUCCUCAGAAAAUAAAGAGAGUAAUAAUGAAGUAUUAUCAACUCUCAGCUCAAAGAUAUGAAGUGUUUAUGUCUAUUCUCCACAGUCCACAGCAUUUUUGUUGAAGAGGUAUGCCUGAGGCCUCCCUACUUACAGCUCCUCUUUUUAUUUCCUUACUCUUUCCAAAUGCUCAGGGCAAUUAAUUGUGCUAUAUAUCUACAUAUCCAUAUUUAUAUGAUAUUGUAAUUCAUGAUUUUGUUCUUUAGACUAUAAAACAAAGGUGUUAUACUAAUAGAAGAUGUUGUUUUUCUUUAUAAAUUUUAUGAUAUUUUCUAUUUCUAACUGAGAAUUUUAGUUUUCCCUUACCAAUAACAUAGUAAUAGUCAAGUUCCUCUGCCUAAUAAAAUUACAUUAGUGUUUAAUUCCUUGGUGUAAGUUUGAGUCUCCGCCCCGGUUACAAUCAAAUCCUAGUAACAGUCCUCAUCUGGGCUUACAAAUUUGUAGAAGGUCUCAAUGACAAUAUGUACAUGACCUCCUCCAAUAUGUGUAGUCCAAUGUUUUAAAAUGUUAUUGAAGCUAACACCUUCAGACAAGGCUCUAACUUUUAACUCGAGAUUUAUGUAUUUAUUGACCAUAAGAGACUUAUGCCUUUCUGAAAUUUCAAUGACUCGUCUAGUAGUUUGAAAAAUAAUAAUGAUUUGCCUCAUUCUAAAAUAUAAAAGAUUUGGAUGGUGACAAUUUGAACUAUUACUAUUUUUACUAUUGUGGCUUUGAGGACAUUGAAGACAAUACUUAUAGUAUCUAUAAAUAAGGCCUAUUAGUGACCAUAGUAUGUGAAGUUAAAGAUAUCCUUUUAGAAUUUUUUAUUAAGUGAAAAUUUAUGGGGCAAUAUUUUAUUAUUAUUAUUAUUAUUAUUAUUAUUAUUUACAUUUUUAUAUGACGGUCAUGUUUAGCAUUACUUGAUCAUACCAAUUUAAGAUGUGUAAAAUAUUUUUUUUAUUUAAUCUGAGACUUACGCUUUAUACUGCGUGACCUCUUCAAGAAG